AUGGAAAGUAUCGAGACAUCGGGAUCGGCUCUGGCCACUGGUAGCAUCAACGCGCGCUUUAUCUCGCAAAACAAGCUCGAUGAAGCUAACGAUCGCCGCGACCAGGAAUGGAAGGAGGCAUAUGCGAGGUGGGUUGCCUUUGGAAGGCUAGAGGAGCAGCGAUUGCUCAAGCAGGAAGAAUGGGAUAACAAGAUGAAGCUGGGAAACCAAUACAGAGGCCUGCACGCCGAUGAAUACGACUUUUUGUCCGAGAAAAUGAAGGAGCAGCGCGAUAAGGAGCGACGGGUGAAGGAUCAGGACAACGCCGAAGUGAUGGAUGCUCUGGCAAAGAAAUAUGCUGCCGAGGUCGCCGCGGCUGAGCCGUCUAUACCAGCUGCUUCCCCAUCUGAUCUGAAGCCAACGACCACAGCCCCUGCUCCGAAGCGCGCUCCUCCGAAGUCUGGAAAGAAGGAUAUGAAGUCAUUGUUGAAAGGUGUCGUUGUCAAGAAAAAACCUGGAACUGGCACUGUUGCCAAGCGUCGGACUGAGGGAGAUGAGACCCCCGAUAAGAAGCGCAAGUUGUAA